CAAAAUUUUGAGGAGCACGCCCGAGCAACGAUGACGACUGCGUACGCUGACGCGCCCGAGCUCCUGGACAUGGAGCUCUUCCACACAUGGUCGACAAGCUUUCUCGACUCGGCGCCUGCGCUGGCGCCCUACUACCGCGUCCGCGGGCACGACGACGCAGCGGUGGGCCUCCCGGACUACCAGCUGACCAAGAUCAAGGCGGACGCCGCAGCCGAGGUCCCGGUGGGCGUCAAGGGGCGGCGACUGCGCGAUUUGAUUGCUGCCAAGUCGCAGCAGGCCCGGCGCGGUUUCGCGUCGAUGCGCCUCUUUACGUGUCUGCCCAAGGCCGUGCAGCGCGACCUGAGCCGUGACGGCGUGGACAUGGAUCCGUUCAACCUGUGGCAAAAGCUGCUCGGGCUCGUCACCAAGUCGCCGGUCGAGCUCUGUACGGCCUUCCAUGCGCUCGUGGCCUCGACAGCGACGGCGUCGGUGCCAGCUCCCGACGACUUCAACUCGGCCGUCGGCGCAGUUCUCGAUGGCCUCUUGGCCUACGACGCCGCCGCGCCGUGGACGCCCGAGACAUAUCGCGCGGCGAUCGCGGCCAAGCUGAAGACUCUUCUUUUUGCGCACCCGGCGCGCAUGCGCAGCCGCCAAGGCGUGGAAGAUGCGCUGAACGCUUGGGACUUCGACCAGCUCGUGCAGCUCGCGUCGGCGCCACAGGACGAGCCUCCGCCAGACGUCGUCGCGCCUCGACCCGUGGCGAGAGCCAGCGACUCUGGCUCAUCUCGGAUGCAUGUCCUCUUCCGCAAGCCGGCGCCACCCGCGGACCCGACGGAAAUCCCACUUUUGGCGCAGCCGAGUGGCUUGCGACCUCUCGGUCACCGUCCGAUGUGUGGAAUUCUGGACGACGACAACGACACCAGCGACUCGGAGUCGCCGCCACCGUCGCCGGAUGGCAGAGCUGCAGCGCUCCGUCGACCACCGCCACUGCGCGCGCCGGUCAAAUCGUCGCUGCCCGCGCCCGCCCGACAACCCCGCUUGACGACCUAUGGGCAGCAGACCCUUGGAGACAUUGCGCGCCGCGCAGAGCAGCAGAAUAUGUCGACUAAAGCGGCAGCGUCGACCUCGUCCUUGAAGCGUCCGGCCAAGCGACGCGCAAGCAGUCCGAGCCCGACGCCCGCCAAGCGCUCCGCCCCUCGGGUGUAGUGAACGCCUUGACGAGGCGGGCGACCUUUUGCAUGUUGUCAAGUUUAGUUGAAUUCUUUAGUCGAAGCGUUGUUGAAGUGCAGGCGACUGCUACACUC